CAGAAAGCACAUUCCACACUCUCAUGUAAAGACCAUAUAAGAUUAUAUAUGUUGCGUUAUCUUUCGAAGUACCAAAAAUGCCAAACAGAGUUAAGUCUGUUGCACUGUGCAUUUGGCUGACUUUCGGAAAUGCUGUGUCCCUUGAAUGUUACAACUGUCCAAAUAUCGACAGUCUGAGCAAAUGCAACACCUCGAAAAUAUGCAAUCCAGCCGAGGUUUGUUUUCAAGACGCUGUAAUAUCUGGACAGACAAAAACAGUGAAUCUAGGCUGUAUAGAUUACAAGCAAUGCGGGUCACAAAGCAGCGGCUCAGGGGCACUGAUUGGCAGGGAAGUUUCCAGACGGCAAGACAAUCGAUGCCAUGAAUGUUGUGCAAGCGAUCACUGUAAUAAACUGUUGUGUAGCCAACGAAAAGCUUCGCAAUGUCUUGAUGAUGAAACAAUAGACUGCGUACGAAUGGAUUCCGUCUUCGGAAUAUGCAAAGAUAUACAACAUGCAAAAUCAUUGUGUCCUAAAUUCUGCCGUUUGUGCGAUGUUGUUGAUGGUGUAUGGUCCGAAUGGUCAACCUGGUCUGAAUGUGAUGUGACAUGUGAAAGUGGGACACAGACACGUGCAAGGACAUGCACAAAUCCAGCGCCAGCACACGGUGGUCUAGAUUGCGCAGGGAAAACCAUGGAAACAAAGCGUUGUUACAAAGAACUUUGCCCUGUACAUGGACAAUGGAGCGAGUGGGCAUCUUGGGAAGCUUGUAGUACAACGUGUGAUGUUGGCAUAGAAAGACGACAGCGCAGUUGUACAAACCCAGCACCAUCUCGAUUCGGAGACCACUGCUUUGGUUUGAAUGUCGACGAUAGGUUAUGCAUGCCAGGGGCCUGUAGCAACGGUGGUUGGUCACCCUGGCAACCUUGGGAUCCAUGUAGUGUUUCCUGUGGUGGAGGAAUUCGUUCACGGUCAAGGAUUUGUAGCAAUCCAACACCUUCACCUUAUGGUCAUUAUUGUGUUGGAAAUCCUUUUCAAAUAGAAACGUGUAGCACUGAAGCAUGUCAAGCGACCGUGAAAGAUGUUGCCUUCCAAGCACACACUCUAACGAACACAGCCCCACUCAAUGGCGAGAAACUAGUGUUCAGCACAACAACACUUGACAAAGGAUCGGGUUACAACAACAAAACGGGAAUUUACAUAACACCUGUCGCUGGAAUCUACAUGUUUACCUUGCAGUUGUGUAUUACUGCUAGCAGAUUCAUUUACUUUGAAAUUGACACGGCAGAGGGCCCUAUUCAUAAAGGCUGCUUUAAUGACGAUGCAAGUGAUUUUAGUGGUUGCCAGACAGCCACAACUAUUGCAGAACUUGACGCAAAGGAACAUGUUUGGAUAAAGAGCGGAUCUUCUACCAGUGGAACUGAUUUCUGGAAGGAAUCGAAAGUCUGGAAUAGUUUUUCUGGUGUUCUAAUUAGCACAGUUACGUAAUAGAAAAAAACAAUUCAGCUGUUUAUCACUGAUUAUUAAUAGUCAUAGAAUUGUUCAUUUUUUUCAUAAUCCACCAGUACACAGAAUACUCUGAUAUAGCUUGUGGCUUUUAGUAAAAGCAGAACUUUAAUUUUAUGCAGAAUGCACGCAUUGUUUAUCUUUUUUAUUGCAAAAUGUUUGAAGUGAAUUUAAACAAUUGGUCAUUGCUCAAAUAUAAUAACUUUUACAUUUUUAUUCAGGUUGUGUAAACAGUUAUUACAAGCGUAUCGACUGAUACUUCGUCAUUGCUCUCUCCAUGUCAUUUUGUUAGCGCCAGUAGUUUAUAAAAUACCGAUGCGAGCGUUCGACCCCACUUGACCUAUAACCCCUCGGUCCAAACUAACCAAUGCCUACCAAUUUAAAAUCCACAGGUUUUAAACCCAAUUAAAAGUUUUAAAUACAUAUGAUAUAGAUGAGUUUACAGAAAAAAAUAUAUUGUUUGAAAGAAAGAAGAUUUACUGAUAAUAUAAAUGCUCAUUAUGUUACAACAAAAAACGGGAGAAAAAUGAUAAGGGCUACUUGUUCAUCUUGUGGAAAAAUAAAAUCAAAGUUUGUUAAAAGUACAGGGGGUAAUUUAGAUAUUCACAAAGCAAUGUUACCUUUAUUACCUAAGAAAGGUUUAACACUUCCAGGAUAUAAUUAUUGUGGGCCAGGAAAUCCCCUAGAAAAUGGACCCUCUGUCAAUGAACUGGAUGCAGUAUGUAUGGACCAUGAUUUUUGCUAUGACAGUGGUGUAAAAAAGGGUACAUGUGAUAAGCAAAUGCUUUCCAAUUUAAAUAAAACUAAAUCAAAAACAUUUGGAGAAAAGAUUGCAAAACAUUUAGUUGUGAAACCUAUAAUUAAAACAAAAUACAAACUUGGGCUGGGACAGAAGUCAAAAAACGGGAAAAGGGGGUAGAGUAUACCCCCGGAAUCACUGCAGAGCCGGUAACUCUGAGCUACCGCUGGAGCGAUGAAUUAGCAGAAGAAUUACACAAACCAAUUAAAAGAAAAUUUAGGAAACGAAGAGUGAUAGUUAAUGAUAUUGAUGAUACUUGGUCAGCUGAUUUAGUUGACAUGCAAGCUUUUUCGAAAUAUAAUAAAGGAGUAAAAUACUUGUUAACCGUUAUUGAUAUAUUUAGUAAAAUAUGCUUGGGUUAUUCCAUUAAAGAAUAAAACUGGAGAAUCUGUUACUGAAGCAUUUGAAAAAAUAAUUUUAGAAGGACGAUUACCAAUAAAUUUAUGGGUAGAUGAAGGAAAAGAAUUUUAUAAUAAAAAGUUUGAAUCAUUUUUGAAUAAAAAUAAGAUUAAUAUGUAUCAUACAUUUAAUGAAGGAAAGGCUGUAGUAAUAGAAAGAUUUAAUAGAAGUUUAAAAAGAAUAAUGUGGAAAUAUUUUACAGCAAAUAAUACUUAUACUUAUUUAGAUAAUUUACAGGAAAUGGUUGAUAAAUAUAACAAAACAAAACAUUCUAGUAUAAAAAUGACACCAACCGAAGGUAGUAAAAACUUAAAUAAAGGUACUGUUUACUUUAAUUUAUAUGGUGAUUUAAAGAUACCAAAGAGUAAAACAAAAUUUAAAAUUGGUGAUCGAGUUUGCUUAAGCAAACUUAAAAGACAUUUUGAAAAAGGAUAUACACCAAAUUGGACAGAGGAAAUAUUUAUAAUUUAUAAAAUUAAUAAUACAAAUCCCAGAACAUACACUAUUAAAGAUUUAAAUGAUGAAAUAAUUCAAGGUUCAUUUUAUGAACAAGAACUUUUACCUACUACACAAGAAGUUUUUAGAAUAGAAAAAGUUAUUAGACGAGA